CGUCAUCGAGUCAGUCGAUGAUUCCGUAGGGUGGCAGUACACCUUAUCAUAGCACUCCAUCGUCCCUACUCCCCUUCCUUACCUUCCUUCCUUCGCACAGGAAGUGCCAUAUCAGUAUAUCACAGUUUGAAGCCCCACAGACUCUAUCGAACUGUCACGGAUUGCUCAUUUUUCUCCGUCAAUCCGAGUAGCAGCGAACCUCCGUGGACUCUGGAGCUCUAUCUCCAAUGGCUUCCCUGCUAAACCCAGCUCUGUCCGUCGGUUUGACAUCAAAUGGGCGCGCCAGACGGGUUCGGGCUCGGUCACUCGUUUCUCCAGCUUCUGUAUCUUUCUCAAGGCGUCGGCUUACGAUUAGAGCUGCAGAGACUGAUACCAAUGAAGGGACGGUAAAACCUCAGGUACCAGAUAAGGCGCCAGCCGGUGGCGGCUCGAGCUUCAACCAGCUUCUCGGCAUCAAAGGAGCUGCUCAGGAGACUAAUAAAUGGAAAAUUCGUCUUCAACUAACAAAACCCGUUACUUGGCCUCCCUUGGUCUGGGGAGUAGUUUGUGGAGCUGCUGCUUCUGGAAACUUCCAUUGGACAUUGGAGGAUGUUGCUAAAUCAGUAGUAUGCAUGAUGAUGUCUGGCCCAUUUCUAACUGGCUACACACAGACGAUAAACGACUACUAUGACCGUGAGAUUGAUGCGAUCAACGAGCCUUAUCGGCCAAUUCCAUCUGGAGCCAUUUCUGAGGAUGAGGUUAUUACUCAAGUCUGGGUGCUGCUUCUUGGAGGCCUAGGCUGUGCUGGUAUAUUGGAUGUUUGGGCAGGACAUACCUUUCCCAUAGUUUUCUAUCUCGCUUUGGGUGGGUCAUUGCUCUCGUACAUAUACUCUGCUCCACCUCUAAAGCUUAAGCAGAAUGGAUGGAUUGGGAAUUUUGCGCUGGGCGCGAGUUAUAUCAGUUUGCCUUGGUACAAUAUCUUUGGCUACUUUGUCUCAGUUCUUAUAACAGCUUGCUACUAUGUUGAUCUCCCUUCUGUGGAUAGGUGGGCGGGUCAGGCUCUGUUUGGGACACUUACACCUGACAUAAUUGUUCUGACACUACUGUACAGCUUAGCCGGGCUGGGAAUUGCGAUUGUAAAUGACUUCAAAAGUAUUGAAGGAGAUCGAGCGAUGGGCCUCCAGUCGUUACCUGUGGCUUUUGGUGCUGAGGCUGCUAAAUGGAUCUGUGUUGGUGCCAUCGACAUAACUCAGAUAUCUAUAGCUGGCUAUCUCCUUGGAGCUGGAAAACCAUAUUAUGCCUUGGCCCUACUCGCUUUGAUUAUUCCGCAGGUCUUUUUUCAGUUCCAAUAUUUCCUGAAGGACCCUGUCAAGUACGACGUCAAGUAUCAGGCGAGCGCCCAGCCAUUUCUGGUGCUAGGUCUGUUGGUGACUGCUCUUGCAACUAGCCACUAGGCUUUUAUCCUCAAACAAAAGUUCCAUAAUUACCAGGAGACGGAAGAACGGCAUCUACAACAAGACUGAUGACACGAACAGCUUUCAGCCGUGGACAGGCAUGCACCGGGAGAACGAGAGGCCCUCCCAUAUUCAAGAGUAGUCUGAGCUUUUGGCCUCCCCAAGUAGUCGAGGCUUCUGGUGGUUUUAUGUCUCGAGAGCUAAAAUUCAGAAUCAGCUAAGAGCUUUAUAUCCCUUUGUUUCCCCCCUCCGUGGAAUGUAGCGUUUUCCGGUAGUGUGUUGGAAUGGAAUCCCGGCAUCGUUUUGUUGAUUUUAUCAACGUUCCAUUGUUCUUUCUUUGUGCCUUUGUUGGAACGUGAAACCUGCGGUUCUCUCAAAUCAAGUGUUCUGAAUAGUUUGUAAAAAAACUAAAGGAAAGUCUUUGAAAAAGGUAAGUGAAGUUAAUUCAGAUUAA